AUGGGGAGCGAACGGGAAAAUGAAGAGUACGAGCUGUCCUGGUGCGCACGGCGGGAGAUUGAGAACCUGAACGCUUCAGUUCAAGAGAAAGCAGCGUGCCAAUACUGGUUGGACGAAGGUCGGAAACCUGUGCCCGGCCCACACAGGAAGUCGCAACAACCUUUGAUCGCGCAGGUCACCAACAGUUGGCGCAACGAUGAGAAAGCGCCAGGGUACACCUCGUCCACAGACGACGUGUAUGACCUGCGAUUGUGCGAUCCAGAAGAUAAGCAGAGCCUUCCGAAUCCCCGCCGCAGCGUGAUCACAUCCCGUUGCUUCCGGAUAAUGAUCGCAGUAGCAUUUCAAUGCGCACUCUUCUGGUACGCCUACAGUUGGUGUACACGACCUGGGAUGAUACUGGCGCGUGGAGGCGACUUUGAGGGCACGAGGAUCAUGGACAUCGCCGCCAUAUAUGUGCCUGGCGGCUCUGAAGAUCCUCAUGGGAAGCGAAGGCUAGUCUUUGUGGGCGACAUCCACGGCUGCAAGGACGAUUUGGCCCACCUGCUUGAGAAGGUGGGCUUCGACAAAAAGACAGACCAUCUGAUAGCGACCGGCGAUGUCGUCUCCAAGGGUCCCGAUAGUCCGGGCGUACUGGACGAGCUCAUGCGCCUGGGUGCUCAGAGUGUCCGUGGGAACCACGAAGAUCGCCUCCUGGAAGCCGCGAAGACACUCUCCGGCAGCAACCUUCGUCCGCAAAGCGCCGCAGCGACUAGCCGCCAAGGCCACUCGAAGGACGAGACGCUUCUGCGGCAGAUGAAAACGAGGCACCUGAAGUACCUGGAGGAUAUGCCGCUCAUGCUCCGGAUACCCGUCUUGCCUCAAGCGACCGCUUCCAGUAAGCACGGCAAAAAGGAGCACAUCAUCGCCUCCGAGAUCUUGGUCGUGCACGCCGGUCUCGUUCCUCAUGUGCCUUUGCGCCGGCAAGAUCCAUACUUCGUAAUGAACAUGCGCUCGAUAGACCGCCGCACGCACGUCCCGUCCGCGCUUCGCGAGACGAAGCACGGGAGAAGUCGGCCGUGGAUGGAGCUGUGGAACUGGUAUAACGACCGCGUCGCUUCUGGGCGGUCGUUGAAGGACUUCCAUAUCUACAGCGAAAGCGACUGGGAGGCUCAGCUAGCACGAGUUUCGUCUGGCCCUCUGCUGGGCCGUCUGUGGGAGGCUGUCACUGGUGGCGGAUUGCCCCCCAAUGCCGCAAAGAGGCCGAAGCCGCAAACUGUGGUGUAUGGGCACGAUAGCAAGAUGGGUCUGCAACUGCAUUGCUGGAGUAAGGGACUGGAUUCGGCAUGUGUGGGCGGUGGGAAGUUGAGCGCUUUGGUGCUGGAUGCCAAGGGUAGCAUGGAGAUUGUGAGUGUGGGAUGCAAGAAUCACAAAGGUUAA